AUGGAAGAUAUUCACUUCUUCAAUACAUUUGCCAUUUGGACACGAAGCGUGGUGCUCAUUCUCUCCAUAUUCGUUGUCGUUCUCUCACUCAGCAUCUACAAUUACAGCGCUAUACCUAUCUAUUCACUACUGGAAGAAGAUGCCACCAACGUCGUUAUCAAGGGACACCAGAUCAUCUAUGACAUGAUUCAAGACAGAAGGCUCAUUGCAACUCUUGUGGCAGCUCAAGCAUCUAUAUUCUGUCCUCUGUUUCUACUCAUGAGUUCCUGCAACACAUCUACUAGCUGCUUUGAAUACGUUACGAGAAGAUCGUUCAUUGUGCUAUCCACCACUGAUAUUUGGCGCGCCAUUGUUGAGCAAUUCUGCCAAUUCCUCAUGCCAACGGGUCUUGCCAUGAGUUGGAUAUUCUGCAUCACCUUUGAUCAACGUACAGAAGCUGCUUUGAUAGAUCAGAACAUAAUGGGGUUGAACUUUGCAGAGCAGCAAACAAGCUGCGCUUUAGCAAUCUAUGUGGCAAACGGGCUCAAGUAUAUUAUUAUUACCGUACUGGCAAUGGAGGUUUUGGCAAUCUGGCUCUCUUCUUACCAGUAUGCAAUGAUCUUAUUCAGAGCACAGUAUCAGCAACGGGCUAUCCAAUUGAAUGAGGAUGAGGACGACGUUGAAUGUGCUGGUAUAGAACCCAUGCAAGGACAAGAUGAAGAGAAAUUGCUGGAUAAUUAA